AUGCAGUCCCGUCAUCCGCCCUCAAAAAGCGGCUUCACUAGUCUCCCGCCUAGCUGCACACUCCACACGUCCCCAGAGCGUACUUCCGGCUCCCCCAUCCUCGGUUCACCCACACCAACCCCAUCACGGUCACGGCUACCGCCGCAGUCGCAGUCGCAGCCGACACCACCAGCAGCUCCAACCACUUCAAUUGCCAAGCUCACCGCUCUCCGAGCUGGGACCGUCAAACGACCUGUCACUUCCAAGCUCACCAGCCGCAGCAAGCGUUUCAAAGUACCAGAGCCAUCCCAAAACACUCAAUCUAGGGAGGACAUCUACGUCAGCCACCCGGCCACACUACCAGCUGCCGCACGUACCCCUCGCGAGCCAACUGUCGCGCUUAGCGGGCGAAGGACCACUACUUCUGACGUCUGGGCGCCGCUGUCCUCCUCGCAUGACUCCCAAUCUGGCGAUUGGUACCAUUGGCAGCCUGGGUACUCUCCGCGGCCAGGGUAUCAGCCGCUAGACGUCAGAAAGCCAGAGACUGUACUACGAGGCGAGCAGGAGCAACAACAGCGGCCUUAUGAGGAAGAAACAAGUACUCCACAACAGCUUCGCAACAAUGGCGCUCACACCAAGCCGGGGCCAGAGGAGCAGGGACACAAAGAGGACCAAAGUCAAGACUACUCCCAAGAGGACGUCACUACUCCAUAUACUGCUCGCCAGACCGCUCUGCAGCAGCCUUCGUCAUCCAAACAGGUGGUCUCAUCACCGCCCAGCCAGCCGGAUAUGCCGCAACUCAUAACCGUUUCACUAGACAAAGCGCUCAUGUCAAGGGUACGCAAGGUCAGCGUCACAACGAUAGUGUACGAGCUCGAGCCCGCUAGCAACACUGCCGUCCACAAGAAUAUGGCCAAUAGCGUUGCUGCGCUGGAAAAGGGACCGAGGAAGCGACGUGAUGUAUGA